AUGGCGAAGUUGCUUAAAGGUUUGGUUGAUGCUACCCCAAAGUAUGCCGGACUCAUUUUUCGUUUCAGUAUGGACAAAGGUCGUCCAGCGGUGGCUAAAUUCUACAGGUAUGCAAAGGUGGAAUUGCGUCCACCAACAAUGAAUGAACUAACACCGGCUGUGGAGGAAGGCAAAUCUAUUAUUAGUUUUUUCAAAACCGGCGCAUGGAAGCAGAAAUCCGUUAAAGAAUUUGCCCUUGAUACUGUUGUAGCCGUAGAAGUCCUCAUGUGGUUCUUCGUUGGUGAAAUCAUAGGUCGAAGAAGCCUUAUUGGAUAUAAGAAAGUUAAAGGAGCAUAUAUUGUUUCUCAUUAG